UAAAGUUUCAGUUUCAUUUCCUAAAUUCCCAGCUCGUACAUUAAGAAAGAUUUUGUUACAGUGAGCUGCCAGGAAGCUAGGGGAAGAAAUGUCUCUGUCAAAGCUCCCUCAGAACAUCAUCAAGAUUCUGUGUUCUAACAAUGGAUCAUUGUAUUAUGAGGAGCUGCGCAGAAAAAUCUCCGACAGCGAUGCAGUGUCUGACAUCAGUCUGACUACAACUUUGAGAAACUGCAAUCUUUUUACCAUUGCCCAAGGAACAGGGAGAAAAAUACCUGAAUCUGACCUGACGUUGGACAGUCGAAUCAUUGCCACCACUGCAAUCAGGGUCUGCAAAGACUACCCAAACAAGAAAUGUCAGGAUUGUGGCCAACUUCACCUGUGCAGAUUUUUCAUUUUUGGCAACUGCAAAUACACCGAAGAGAGCAAUACUUGCAAAUAUUCCCAUGGCAUCUGUAAUUUGCACAACUGGAAAAUCAUUUGCAUUAAUCAGCUCCAGGGACUGGACAUGAAUGAACUACGUUUCCUUUUGCUUCAGAAUGACCCAUCAUUGCUGCCUGAGGUCUGCCCGCAUUAUAACAGGGGAAGUGGAGACCCUCGAUUUGGAAGCUGUAUGCAUAAACACACUUGCAAUAAGCUCCAUAUUUGCUCAUACUUCAUUUCAGGAAACUGUAAGUUUGGGGCUGAAUGUCGACGAUCCCACAGUUUCCAUGACAAGCACAUCUGUACUCUUCUCAAGAAAUUUAGUUUGGAUGAAAAUGUGAUGCGCAAUCUGCUGCUGAUAUAUCAGAACAGGAACCACCUUAAACAAGCAUUCAGCACGGACGGAAUGAAUGCUGCUUCCGAGUCUCCUUUCACAAGUGCUCAGAGAAAUGCUGCCACUGAGGAGAUCUGUCUCUAUUUCAUCAGAAAACACUGCAGCUUCAAAGACAAGUGCAUUCGGGUUCACUUCAGUCUUCCCUACAGGUGGCAGAUAUGCAAGGAAACAUGGCAGGAUUUACCAAACAUGGAACAGAUUGAAAUGGAAUUCUGUGACCCAAACAAUAUCACCAGCUCAGGAUCUACUCCCAUUAACUUUGAGACAAUGAUGUGUGAGUCUCACCAGGUGAGGCGUCUCUCUACUGCAUCCUCAGUUACAAAACACCCACACUAUAUUCUGACUACUGAAUGGCUCUGGUACUUGAAGGAUAUGUUUGGAAAAUGGACUCAGUAUGAAAAUCAAGACCGAGUGCAUAUUACAUCCACAGACCUGGAGAAUGUCUAUUUGACCAAUGACAGCACUGAGGUGAAUAUUGGACAAUUCAAUGCAACAUUAAGCUUUAAAGAAAUGAUUCAAAAAGACACAUUUUCCGGAAGUACAAGCAAACUUCGGAGAAGGCCGAGAUUUAUCAGUAAACAAGAUGUGGAGAGAAAAGUAAAGAGAGUUCAGUUGGGACAAGGCGAAGCCAGUUCCCAUGAAUCAAGAAACAUUCCAGAAAAUUGGGACAAAUCAGCUUUGUCAAACAUAGGAUACAAGCGUAUUCAGCUUUCACCGCUCUCCAAAGAAUAUGAGAAUAUCCAGUCCCUCUUCCAUAAGAGCAUGCCGUCCAGCAAAAUCCAUAAAAUUGACAGAGUUCAAAACCUUGGACUUUGGGAAAUAUUUCGGUGGUGGAAAGAGCAGAUGAGAGAAAGGAAUGAUAAUCAUGAUGUGAAGGAACAGUUCCUUUUUCAUGGAAUCACAGAUCACUCGAUUGUUGAUGCCAUUUGCUACCAGAACUUUGAUUGGGGAAGCUUCAGACAGAAUGGAACCUUAUAUGGAAAAGGAAGGUACUUUGCUAAGAAAGCAUCCUGCGCCAACUUUGACUUGCACUCAGAUUCUGCAACAAAUCCCAACAUCAUGUUUUUGGCACGCGUGUUAGUAGGACAGUUUACUGAAGGACACUCAAGCUAUGAUCGGCCUCCAUCCAAAGAUGUUGGAAGCUUGAAACUCUAUGACAGCUGUGUUGACUGCACCAAUAAUCCAUCUGUGUUUGUUAUAUUUGAGAAAUUUCAGAUUUACCCAGAAUAUGUGAUAGAAUAUAGUAAUAAUUUCAUGUAGAAAUCAAUUGUUUUUGACAACCUUUGUCUGCUAAUGAUAUCUAAUGAUGAGAUAUGAUUAUAGCAAUUUUUUUUGGUUUAAUAGAUGGGAUACAACUUGCUAAUUCAAUACUUUCUAUUUCUGAUUAGGGUGGAUGUUGUAAGGCUUUGCACCAUUAACAGGGCUUCACAUGCAGCCAGCGCAUAUCAGAAAAUUGUGUUAUGUUGCCUGCUCUUUUCCAAUAUCUGUUGGUGGUGUUUUGGCUUCAAAAUGUAGACCUUAGCAUUAGCAUUAAUUGCUCCAAGGAUAGAUGUAACAUGGUCUCUAGAAAGUGUCAAGUUACUCCAAAAAUAUCCCUCACUCCAACCUUCAGCAGAGAGCACAGUCUUCUUCACUCAGUUCUUAUGACCUACCUGAACAAGGAUGGCAGUUUAGUGAGAGUUUAUGCUGGAUUACAGGCAGUGUUGUCCUGAACCAUAUGUUGCAUUUCGUAUCCUGAGACUGUGAACCCUUGUUCUAGACCCCUCAGCCAGAGGAAACAUCAUCCCUGCAUCCUGUCUGUCCAGCCCUGUCAGAAUUUUAUAUGUUUCAAUGAGAUCCUCUCUCAUUCUUCUAAACUCCAGUGAAUACAGGCUUAGUCGGCCCAAUUGCUCUUCAUAUGACAAUCCUACCAUCCCAGGAAUCAGCCUGGUGAACCUUCACUGCACUCCUUCUGUGGCAAGGAUACCGAAACGGCACACAAUACUCCAGGUAAGGUCUCACCAAAGCCCUGUGUAGCUGCAGUAAGACAUCCUUGCUUCCAUACUCAAGUCCUCUUGCAAUGAAGGCCAACAUAUCAUUUGCCCUCUUAACUGUUCGCUGCACCUGCAUGCUUGCUUUCAGUGAUUAGUGUACAAGGACACCCAGGUCACUCUGUGCAUCAACAUUUCCCAAUCUAUCUCCAUUUGAAUAAUACUCUGCCAUUUUGUUUUUCCUACCAAAAUGGAUAACUUCACACUUAUCCUUAUUAUACUGCAUCUAUCAUGUGUUUGCCCACUCACUAUACUUGUCUAAAUCACCUUGAAGCUUCUUAACAUCCUCCUCACCGUUCACAUUCCCACUAUGUUUUGUGCCGUAUCAAACUUGGAAAUAUUACAUUUCAUUCCUCCAUCCAAAUCAUUGAUAUAUAUUGUGAAUAGCUGGGGCCUAAGCGCUGAUGCCUAAGGUACCCCACUAGUCACUGCCUGCCAUUCUGAAAAAGACCAAUUUAUUCCUACUCUCUGGUUCCUGUGUGUUAACUAAUUCUCAAUCCAUGCCAAUAUAUUUUCCCCAAUCCCAUGUGCUUUAAAUUUACACACUAAUUUCUUAUGUGGGACUUUAUCAAAAGCUUUCUGAAAAUCCAAAUACACCAUAUCCACUCGUCCUCCGUUAUCUAUUCUGCUAGUUACGUCCUCAAAAAACUCCAGUAGUUUUGUCAAACAUGAUUUUCCUUUCAUAAAUCUUUGUCUAAUCCCAAUGAUAUUUUCUAAGUGUCCUGUUAUCAAUCCUUUAUAAUAGACUCUAGCAUUUUCUCUACCACUGAUAUGUGAAGUUACUUUCAUUUUAUCAGAUGAAUCUGCAUUGCAAAUUAAGUUACAGAAGUGUUUCUAACAUGCUACUCACUAUCCUUGACAAGAUUCUAAAAAGUAUUCUAAACACUACUUUAAGUCCCAGAUAACUCCUCUGUAGUCAGUUCAGUCUUCAAAACUUUCUCAGGUGGGAUCAUCGUGAAAGGAGGGUUGAAAUAACUAAGAAGUGAAAGAUUUAUUGAACCACAUGUUCCAUUAAAAUUGGUAACCACAUCAGUUGAGCCAAUUCCAUUUAUCUUUAUGCAGCUUAUGCUGGGAAUUGUUUAGUAUUUAUUCACAAGUGCUAUUAAAAAGGCCUCAACUGACUCUCCAUUACAAACUGCAAUACUUGGAGAGUUUUUAAUUUCCCACAGUAUGCCAACAAAAUCAACUUGAUCUUGAAUGGGUUAGCUUUUCUAGCCUAGCAGUUAUACUUUUAGGAGGUGUUUUAAUGGUCUUUGUUUAAUAGACUUGUUAUUUUUUGUGUGACCCUGCUCAAUUUGAAGGGUAGAGUGCACAUAGCUGAGGCUUUGGGGCUCUUUUUCUUUCUUCCACCAUUGUCUCCUAAAAACUAAUAUGAUCAUUUUGCAAAUGACUACGUUGUACUUUAUAAAUAUAUUGCCUAUGUUCUGGAAUUACCCACUUGCAUGAUCUGCUGAAUUUUAUGAUUCACAAUCCUCCAUUGUAACAGGUUUAUCUAGAUCACUAUACUCUCUCAUCAAGUAGAGUAGCUUUAGCCAAGUUAAAGAAACAUUCAUUUAUCUAAUCAGAUAGAUUGCAUUCCUGGGAGCAAAACUUACCAAAUGAGGCAUUAAUUUGAACCACCUAUCUUUGAUGACUGUGCUUUUAUGUUUUUAAUUUGAGAAGAAGGAGUCACCAACUUUUACUAACCUUUAACUAUGGGUAUUUCCUCCUCACCUACUUUUAUUGUAAUUAUGAUUUUAAACAUGAAAAUUUUUAUUUACUGUUAGAAAAUUUCACUAGUAUUAAAGAAUGUUCAGAAUAUUUUGGUGAUCUGAAUGACCAUGACUUAUUUGAGGUCUUUGAUUCUAUCUGCUCAUUCACAAAUCUUGGAUUAAUAAUCUUUUCUUUCUAUAGACAGGAAUUUUUGCCCAUCUUAUUUCUUGAAUAGUGAUUGUAACUGUGAGAACAGAGAAAGUAUUCCUCAUCCAUCAUAUAGAGACAGAAUGCCACUAAAGAGGGCUAUUAUAUCAUUUUGCACAUCAUUGCAACACUCCAUAUUGUUUUCAUAUUAUUUUGAUUCUACCAGCAUUAACCAUAUUGAUGUCUGCACAAUUCGACUAUGUAGUUCCUACAGUGCAUUCAUCUCAGCUCCUCUUUAUAAUGCUUUAUGGAAUCUGAUUUGGUACUGAAUGUUUGUUAAAAUAUAUUUUUAGCAUUACAGAAGUUGGAAAACGUUCAUGAAUUAAUAGCAGCAGACUUGUCUGAAUAUCAGGAGCAACAUUUUGGAAGUUCACUAUUUAAUGCUUAGCUCUGUAUAAAUACAUUAGAGUCAAACAUGAAUAAAAUUUAACUUAGUAAAUAAAAGGGAAAAAAAUGUACUCAAAGUCACCUUUUCUGAAUAUUUGAUACUAUUGCAUAAAGUUUUGUACCUUUUUUUAAAUGUUUAGGGUCUUGCCUCAGAUAUCCUCUUAGUUACAAUCGAUUCCAUACUGCUCAAUUUGUAAUUUUGCAGUUGCAUGAUUCAGGGGUGUGACAAUAAAACCGUUAAGGUCUGAGCUUAUA